AAACGAACAAUUAUUUCACGACUCGCUUGUUUCACUACGAACAUUUUAGACUCGCGGACACAAAACAACCGUGUUCUAUACACAAACAACAUAACUAUAUCGUAAAAUUACUCUUGUUUUUAAUAUACAAUAGCUAUGAGCUCCUCGUCGACCGCGGUGCUGCUGGAAACGAUCAACUUCGCCGCAGAGAAACAUCGCAAUCAGCGCCGCAAAGAUCCUGAUGCCACACCAUACAUCAAUCACCCCAUAGGGGUGGCAAGGAUUUUAAGUCACGAGGGUGGAAUUACAGAUAUUGAAGUUUUACAAGCUGCAUUGCUUCAUGACACCGUCGAGGACACUGACACAAGCUUCGAGGAGCUGGAGGCUGUGUUUGGACCAACUGUGACGAGGAUCGUCCAGGAGGUUACUGAUGACAGGACAUUACCAAAAGAGGAGAGGAAGCGGCUGCAAGUGGAGCACGCACCGCACCGCAGCCAUCAGGCCAAGCUGGUGAAACUAGCUGACAAGUUGUAUAAUUUGCGGGACCUCAAUCGUUGCACUCCGUCUGGUUGGACGGCAGAAAGGGUUCAAGAAUACUUUGUGUGGGCUUCUCAAGUGGUAAAAGGCCUCCGUGGGACCAAUGCAGCACUCGAGGAGAAAAUGCAGCAGCUCUUUUUGGAGAGAGGAGUGCAGUUAUGAUGAUGUCACAAGCCACUGGUUGAAAUUAAAUGAUGGUGCUUUUUCUUUUCUUUUUUUUAACUGAUCAUCAUGGAAUAAAGGGAAAGUUCAGGUCACCUGGAAGUCAGUCUUUCUUCUGUGGAACACAAGAGGAGACUUUAAAGGGAUGCUCCAGCCCAAAAUGAAAAUUUUGUAAUUAAUAAUCACUUACCCCCAUGUCGUUCUAAACCCGUAAAAGCUCAGUUCGUCUUCAGAAGACA